CGAGCGCGCCCGUGUUUUUGUGAAUAGAAAUAAGACGCGGUCGAGGAGACCCUAGUUUCUCGCCGCGCAGUCCGAUCGCUCAUUUUGUCUCUCGCUCUAUCAAGCCUCGUCCCAUUCUGACAGUGCAACCAGCGAUAGCAUGGCGAUGGCGGUGAAAAUGAACAGGAUCCGAGCUCCGAAGCCUCGCCCCGCCAAGUCUAAACCAGAUUACAGCAACACUUGUUGUGAGAAAUGUGGCUCGGGAAAAUUCGACGAUGAACUUCUAUUAUGCGAUAAGUGCGACAGAGGAUAUCACCUCUUUUGCCUCAGACCGGUUAUGGUUUCCGUUCCCAAAGGCUCAUGGUUCUGUCCAUCUUGCUCCAUUGCCAAGAACAAAGACCACUACAAGUUCCCCCUAACCCAGACCAAAAUUGUUGACUUUUUUCGGAUCCAAAGGCAUUCAGAGCUAGCCCAGAACGUGAAAGUUACUCAAGAAAACAAAAAGAAGAGAAAAAGAACAGUCAAUUUUUCAUCAUUAAAGAAGAGAAGAAGGUUGCUGCCCUACAUUCCAACUGAAGAUCCCACCAGGAGAUUAGAACAAAUGGCCUCGCUGGCAACAGCUCUUACAUCAACGGGAGCUGAUUACAGAAACGAGCUCACUUACAUGCCCGGAAUGGCUCCUAGAUCCGCAAAUUCUGCUGCUUUGGAGCAUGGCGGAAUGCAGGUUCUGUCAAAAGAGGAUUGUGAAGCCUUAAAUUUGUGCAAAAGGAUGAUGGAAAGAGGGGAAUGCCCUCCCCUAAUGGUUGUUUAUGACCCAAUUGAAGGAUAUACUGUUGAAGCAGAUAGAUUGAUAAAGGAUCUGACUAUAAUAACGGAAUAUGUUGGAGAUGUUGAUUAUUUGAAAAAGCGCGAAAAUGAUGAUGGAGAUAGCAUAAUGACAUUGCUAUAUGCUUCUGAUCCAUCAAGAAGUCUCGUUAUCUGCCCUGAUAACAGAAGCAACAUUGCCCGCUUUAUCAAUGGCAUCAAUAAUCACACACUGGAUGGGAAAAAGAAAAGGAAUGUCAAGUGUGUGAGGUUUGAUGUUGAUGGUGAAUCUCGAGUUUUGCUGAUUGCUACUAGAGAUAUAUCAAAGGGCGAGCGAUUGUACUAUGACUAUAACGGAUAUGAGCAUGAAUACCCAACUGACCAUUUCGUAUGAUCAACAAACAAAUUAUUAUUGAUUGAUUAUCCUUUUAUACUCAUUGCUUAAACCUUAUUAUGAUUGCUUGAUUAUACAAAAAACUGUGUUCCAAUCAAGCCUUAGAACUUAUUUUGAAUAUUUGGUCACCUUAGGAAUUAUGUUCCAAGUGUAAGGAGUACCAUUUGGAAUUUUUAUGAUAAUGGUUUAUAUACUACAAAUGGUGGAUUUUUAUCCCACUAUUCUUUCA